AUGACAAUUAAUAUGCAAAGAACUACAUUCGAUCCAAACUUUUCUAUUUUUAAUAAAAAGUUCGUUCCCGUUAUCUCAGAUCGCUUUUUAGAUAUGGAACCAUUAGAAGGUGAUCAAUUCUGGCCUAAACAACACAAAUCAUCUAAUAAGUUGAAGAAAAUCGUCUGCAAGUCAUUAAAAUCUUUAAAACGCAAAAUAUUCCGCAAACAAAAAGAAAUCGCCGCGGUCAAAGAAAACAAGUCUUCAGACAUUACAUCAUUCACAUCUGAUGAAGAUAUUAUUGAAAUUGAUGAAAUUGAUGAAAUUAUUGAUAUUUAUUCAUCAUUUUCACAUUUCAGGAAUAUAGGAAGAAUCUAA